GUCCGGUGCCAGGAGCUAGAGGAUUUCCGCCGAAGCUCCAAAUCUAACAGGAAAUGGGAGCUCAAAAACGUCUUCGGCCGCGUGGUCGAAUUUGCUGGCGACCAGCAGGGUUCAAGAUUUCUGCAGGAGAAGAUACCCACUGCCAACAGCGACGAUCGGCAACGCGUAUUUGACGAGAUCAUGGUGGAUGCCAACGCUCUGAUGGUGGAUGUGUUUGGCAACUACGUCGUACAGCAGCUUUUCGAGCACGGGACCAUGGUGCAGAAGAAGCUUCUCGCCGGCAAGAUGAAGGGCCACGUGGUCCAGCUCUCGACACAGCUCUACGGGUGUAGAUGUGUCCAGGAGGCCCUAGAGUACGUCCUCGUUGAGCAACAGGUCGAGCUCGCGAAGGAGCUUGAGCCUGAGAUCAUCCGCAUCAUGAAGAGCGACAACGGCAAUCAUGUUGUUCAGAAGCUACUCACGAAGCUGCCCCGCGAUCGCAUCGACUUCGUCUACAACGCCGUCCGUGGCCGGGUUUCCGAGCUCUCACAGCAACAAUAUGCCUGCAGGGUGAUCCAACGAAUGAUCGAGAAGGGAACGGACGCAGACAAGGAGUUCAUCCUGCAAGAGUUCCACGAUGUGGCUGCCCGUCUGGUGACGGAUAGCUGGGGUAACUACGUCGUUCAGGCCGUCAUCCGCCAAGGAGGUCAGGAAGCGCGUGCCAAGGUCAUCCGACUCUGCAUUGACCAGUUCCUCGUCUUCUCGAAGCAGAAGGUCGCCAGCAACGUUAUGGAGCAUUGCAUCGAGUACGGAACAGAGGACAAUAGACUCGAGAUGUAUCGGCUCAUCACUCGCAAAGCCGAAGAUGGCAGCAACAUGUUGCAAGCGAUGUGGAAGGACAAUUUUGCCAACUACGUCGUCCAAAAACUGUGCCACUGCCUGAAGGGCGCAGAGCAGGAGGCUCUCGUGAAGGAGAGCAAACCUUACUUCGAGGCGCGGAAGAAG